AUGGACCGGAGGCCAACCCCGGGCUGGGAUCCCGUUCACACCCGCAUCUUCGACGUCUACGUGCAGGACGACGCGGCCGACGGCGACGACGAAGCCGACGUCAACCACCUGGCGAUCGUCACCAACGACGACGAGAUCGCGCCUUCACAUGCGCCGGGCCCGCUCCGCGUCUCGGCCGCAGCCGCGGCUCCGGACACGGCUCCGGACGCGGCUAUUUUUGGCAGCGGCGUGCACGCACUGCCGCCGCACGCGCGGCCCCUGCUCGUAAACACGGGCAGCGGGCACCGGCAGGUGCGCGUGGGCACGGGUUUUCCGCCGCAGCGCGUGCUCGUUAAACAGGAGGAGGACCGCGAUCGCCGGCCGGCGCCGCUGGCGCUGGCGCCGCUGGCGCCGCCGGGUCACGUGCACGUGGCGCCCGGCUCGCUGGUCAACACCGACAUAUGGCCCACGCCCGUCGAGAACGCGUUUCUGAGCGCGCUGCGGCUCAUUGCCAAGAACGGCACCGCGAAGAUCAAGCUGCGCGACCGCAACUACGGCCGCAACGAGCUGAUCUCGCUCUACAUUCACCACCAAACGCGCGAGUGGCGCACCAAGAAGCAGAUCUCGUCCCACAUCCAGGUCUGGAAGAAGUCCAUUCUGAACAAGGUCAAGGCCGAUCUCGAGCUCUCUGCUUACGAAAGCGAGCUGCUCGCGCUCAUCGAGCACGGCGCGCCCGCGACCGACCAAAACAGCCGCCAGUUCCAUUCGACCUUCUCCGAGAUCACAGCCGCGUACGAGGCGCCCGGCGCAGCGGCCGGCGCUCUGCCGAGCGCGGCUUCUGCGGGACCCACUGCGUGCAUGCCCAUGCAUCUAGACCCGAUCGGCGGCAGCGGCGCGCCGCUGCCGCCGGCCAGUGCGCCCGCGGGCGUGCCUUGCCUGGGCGCCGCGCUAGGCGGAUCUCUGGGCGCGCCCUUGGGGGGCGCCCUUGGCGACAGCCUCGGCGACGGCCUCGGCGGCUCGCUGAGCGGCUCGCUGAGCAGCGGAGCGCCCCUCCAAAUGGCCUCGGAGCUCCACUCCGCCGAGCCCCAGACGCCGCUGGAGUACGCGCGUCGGGUGUACGGAAAUCUGCAGGCCUACAAGUGCGUGCCUUCGGCCAUGCAGGACUACGCCCACAUGCGCGGCGGAUCGGCGCCGGACACGGCGCCGGACACCGCACUCGAAACGACGCAAGAUGCGUCGUUCCAGAAUUCUCCAACAGAGAGAACUCUGCAGGCUGCACGCGAGGUGGCCCGUCAGCAGCGCGAGCUUAUACAGUCCCUGUACACAGUGCCUGCGUCGGGAUCGUCGUCGGCUUCGGACCAUGCAGGCACGUAUCUCGACGCACGUUCUCCGGAGCAACAGCCCCUCAAAAACUUCAAAACGUUCCAGAUCGGGCAAGGCGCGGACGAUCUGAACAACAGUACCCCUCAGCGGCCGCGCUAG